GUUGCCCCCCUUAGAUUAAAAUUUGUCAUUCCUAAAUUUAGCAAUUAUAUAUGACUUUGACUUUAAGAAUUACAUUUAAAAGAACAUCAGAUAAAUUUAAAGAAAGUACAAUGGGGUUCCAGCUUAUAUUGAGAACUGCAAGAACCAAAAUAAAGUUAUUAAAGUUUUCGCAUAUAAAUGCAAGAAAUCUCUCCACAUCAUCGGGUAGAGUAGAAGUGUAUCAACUACGAUCCCGAGGUAUAGUGAAGGUGAAGGGGUCAGAUGCAGUCCCAUUUCUUCAGGGCCUUAUUACAAAUGAUGUCUCAUUGCUUGGUGUUGAUGGAAAGGCUCAAUAUUCAAUGCUAUUGAAUGUACAGGGUCGGGUGCUGUAUGAUCUGUUUCUGUAUGAUGUGAGUGAAAGCCAUGUGGAUCGUACUAUACUAAUGGAUUGCGACAGGUCACUGCUAAAAAAAGUCAUGUCUGACAUCAGCAGAUACAAGAUCAGGAAAAAGGUCACUUUGGAAGAUGCCAGUGAAAAGUUGAAUGUUUUCACAACACUAAAUGGUGACCACGUUGAUGGAGGGUUAGUAGCAACUGCCGACCCAAGGGUUCCUUCAUUUGGCUCCAGGGUGAUUGCUGAGGGUGUCCCAGAUAGCUGGUGUGUUGUCAGUGAUGAGACAGGUUACCAUGAGAAACGCCUUCAAUGGGGGAUCCCUGAAGGCCCCCUUGAUAUUCCACAUGGGGUGGCUUUACCUCUAGAGAGCAACCUCGUCUACAUGAAUGGGGUGAAUUUUUCGAAAGGCUGUUAUCUAGGCCAGGAACUAACAGCCAGGACCCACCAUACUGGUGUAACCAGGAAAAGACUCAUGCCUUUGAUAUUUGAUGGGAAUCCUGAUGCAAUUGAAUCAGGACAAAAUAUACAGAAUGAUCAAAAUAAAAGUGUUGGAAAAUUCCGCAGUGUCGUUGGGCAAUAUGGCCUUGGUUUGAUGAGGGUGAAAGAGAUUUCAGGAGACUUGACUGUAACCUCGAAGUCUGGCAAAGUGAUCAGUGUUAGAGCAGAGCAGCCCGCCUGGUGGCCUGUGGAAUAGACAGCUAUCUCAGUUUAAAGAUACUUAUGUUUGACGAAGUGUAUUUAUAGUGAAUGUCUCUGUAUUACCCGACAUGUGUAGGCUAUUGGUUAUAGACGAUAAUAAAAUACUUUUUUAAGUUUUUGGAUAAAUUUGUAUUAAAAAGAAUAAAAUGACA